AGUACAAGGAUGUAUGGUAUGGGCAAAAAGUCAUAAUUUACCAAAAAGAAAGCGUCUGAAUCUCUCUGUAUCUGAAAACCAUACCUGAAGAGUUCAUCAAAUUAGAAAAGGGUCUCAAAUGGCCAACUCCCCACCGCCUUUAACUUCCCUUUCUCUCCCUAUAAAUACAUUAAAAAUCCAAUCUUUUGGGACAUAACAUAUUAACAAACUCAACCAUAUAUUAUUCCCUACAUUUUAUUACCAGCCAAUCUUUAAUAACAUAUAUAUAGUCUAUACUCUUAUUGAAGAGAACACAAACAUGGCUUUUCAAAGGCAUAGUUUGCUCUCAUUCCUGGUUGUGUUACUAAUAUUUCCCAGCUCCUUAUUUGUGUCUGGUCAAAUGAGCAGUUCAGAAGAAGUGGUCAAACUUCAUGAUGAUGAUCUUGUUGAGGAAAAAUCUGGGAAUGAUUUCCUUCAGCAAGCAUAUCCAUCAUACUUUGACAUGUUUGAUGAUGGUUCAAAGUUCAAGGGGCUUAAUAUCAAGGAGAGUGAUGAUAUCUUAAGUCUGGAGAAAGUUGGUGAAACUGAUUCAAAUGAAGUUAAGACGAUCAAUGUUAAUGAUUUUGGAGCUAAAGGAGAUGGAAAUGAUGACACAGAGGCAUUUGAGAAGGCUUGGGAUGCAGCUUGUUCAUCUAAAGGAGGUGCUAUCAUGGUUGUGCCUGAGAGCAGUACCUAUCUUUUAAAGCCAGUUAGAUUUUCAGGUCCUUGCAAGCCUAAAAACAUUAUAGUCCAGAUUUUGGGAACCAUAGAAGCUUCUGAUGAUCUAUCAGACUACAAGAAAGAUGGAAGACACUGGCUUAUCUUUGACAAAGUUCAAGGUUUAGUAGUUUCAGGUGGUGGAACCAUCAAUGGAAAUGGGAAGAUAUGGUGGCAAAACUCAUGCAAAAUCGAUAAAGAUAAGCCUUGCAAGGAUGCACCAACGGCACUCACCUUCUACAACAGCAAGAAUUUGGUAGUGAAAGACCUGAAAAUCCAAGAUUCACAACAAAUUCAUUUGUCUUUUGAAAAAUGUGUCAAUGUUCAAGCUUCCAAUCUCAGAGUAACUGCACCAGAGAAAAGCCCAAAUACUGAUGGAAUUCAUGUUACAAGAUCCCAAAACAUUCAGAUUUCAAACUCUGUCAUAGAAACUGGUGAUGACUGCAUUUCGAUUGUAACUGGAUCCCAAAAUGUGCAAGCCACAGACAUAACCUGUGGACCAGGCCAUGGAAUCAGUAUUGGAAGUUUGGGAGCAAAAUCUUCAGAAGCUCAUGUCUCAGAAAUUACAGUCAACAGAGCUAAGCUCAGUGGUACUACAAAUGGGGUCAGGAUCAAGACAUGGCAGGGAGGGUCAGGAACUGCUACCAACAUAACAUUUGAGAAUAUUGAGAUGGAAAAUGUGGUUAACCCCAUUAUAAUAGACCAAAACUACUGUGACCAUAAAUCAUGCAAGCAACAGAAAAAUGCUGUUCAAGUGAAAAAUGUGAUCUACAAGAGCAUUAGCGGGACAAGCGCGUCAGAAGUGGCUAUAAAAUUUGAUUGCAGUGAGGCCUUCCCAUGUCAAGGGAUUGUGCUUGAAGACAUUGAUCUGAAACUGGAAGGUAAAGAAGGAGAAAAAGAACAGGUCAAAGCUAUCUGCAGCAAUGUGAAAGUGUCCAAUAUUGGAACAGUUUCUCCACAGUGUUAUUGAAAGGAAAGGAUUCAUAAUACUUUGCUUUGCCAAUACUUAACACAAUUCAAAUAGUGAUUUGUAUGUUCUCCAUUCAUUCAUGGUUAUGCAGCUUCAGUUUGGUUUUGGCUGCUGAGACUGCAUGGACCAUUUCUCCUAUGUAUUUAUAGCUAGGCUGACUUUGGUGAAUUCUAUACAAAAAUAAGAACAAUCAUGUUUACAUGGCUUUGUUUACCAAAAAAUAACAUUGGUGGUAGCAGAAUAUUGAACAUGUAUUAUUUGAUUGUAUCAUAAAGUAUAAAUAAAUAAAAAGUUUACAUUCAAAUACAA